AUGGAACCCAACAGUGCAGUCAAGAAAGGCGCGAACGAAGCUACCAAAAUCUUCAAUCGCGGCGGUUUCGAGCUCAUCGUAAUGCACCUUCCUCUCUACGAGGACAACCGUGUACUACGACUGUAUCCCAGCAAGACCGCGCUCGGCCGUGCUUGUGGCGUGAGCCGGCCGUUUACUGUGGCUAGUAUCACUUCGAACGAUGCGAGUGAUUUCGCGCCGCAGAUUUAG